AUGGGCGAGCGCAAGGUGCUGAACAAGCACUACCCGAACGACUUCGACCCGGCGAAGAUCCCGCGGCGGCGGCAGCCCAAGAACCAGCAGAUCAAGGUGCGCAUGAUGCUCCCGAUGAGCAUCCGCUGCGGCGCCUGCGGGACGUACAUCUCCAAGGGCACCAAGUUCAACUCACGCAAAGAGGACGCCGCCAGCGAGGCCUACCUGGGCAUACGAAUACACAGGUUCUACAUCAAGUGCACACGCUGCUCCGCCGAGAUCGCCUUCAAGACGGACCCCCAGAACUCGGACUACACGGUGGAGUCAGGAGCCAGCCGCAACUUCGAGCCAUGGCGCGAGGCUGAGGCUAUGGUGGACAGGGAGAAGAGGAAACGAGCGGCGGAGGAGAUGGGCGAUGAGAUGAGAGCGCUGGAGAACAGAGCCAUGGAUUCCAAGCGGGGUAUGGACGCACUCACCGCUUUAGAGGAGACGCUGUCGAUGAGGUCUAUACAUGCCCGCGUCUCCGCUGACCGGAUGCUUGAGAUUCUGAACCAUUCUUCUUGUAUUGCUCAUCAUCAAAAUUUAAAGGAGGGAAACACAGUACUAGCAGAGGAAGACGAAGAACUCGUCAGAUCAAUCACUUUCCGAAACUCGGAAUAUUACGUUAAACGGAUCGAAGACGACGAUGACAACGAGGAAGAUUUUGGGUCAGAGAUCAUCAACGAGUCUUCUGAAUCAAUGUUAGAUCAUCCAACAGAUGUCUUGGCCAAAGCUAAUGAUCCUGAGAGUUCCAAUAAAGAAGAAGGAAAGAAGAGCUUGAAAUCUAAGAUGCUCAAGUUCAUUGUAAAGGCAAAGCCCGCUGCUGCAAAUCCUCACAAGAAACACAAGAGUACUGAAGCUGCAGCUGUACAAGAUAGCGUUAAGGACAACAAUGAAGCUUCAGAAGAAAAGGCCAAUGUUCUUCAUUCACUCUUCCAGUAUGACAGCGAUGAAAGUGAUGACUGA